CCUCCUCCUCCUCGACGGACUUUUGCUAACUGCCCCGCCGCCGCCAUGGACGCCAUCAAGAAGAAGAUGCAGAUGCUGAAGCUGGACAAGGAGAACGCGCUGGACCGCGCCGAGCAAGCCGAGGCCGACAAGAAGGCCGCCGAGGAGCGCAGCAAGCAGUUAGAGGACGACAUUGUGCAGUUGGAAAAGCAACUGCGGGUCUCGGAGGACGAGAGGGACCGGGUCCUGGAGGAGCUGCAUAGCGCCGAGGACAGCCUCCUCACUGCGGACGAGAAGGCCACCAAGUUGGAAGAUGAGUUGGUGUCUCUGCAAAAGAAGCUGAAGGGCACCGAAGAUGAGCUGGACAAAUAUUCAGAGUCCCUGAAAGACGCCCAGGAGAAGCUGGAGGUGGCAGAGAAGAAAGCUGCAGAUGCCGAGAGCGAUGUGGCUUCUCUGAACAGGCGCAUCCAGCUGGUAGAGGAGGAGCUGGACCGGGCCCAGGAGCGUUUGGCGACAGCCCUGCAGAAGCUGGAGGAGGCCGAGAAGGCGGCAGACGAGAGUGAGAGGGGCAUGAAGGUCAUUGAGAGCAGAGCCCUGAAGGAUGAGGAGAAGAUGGAGAUCCAGGAGAUCCAGCUGAAAGAAGCCAAGCACAUUGCAGAGGACGCUGACCGCAAGUAUGAGGAGGUGGCCCGGAAGCUGGUGAUCAUCGAGAGCGACCUGGAGCGUGCAGAAGAACGAGCCGAGCUCUCCGAAAGCAAAUGUGCUGAACUUGAAGAGGAAUUGAAAACUGUGACCAACAACCUGAGGUCGCUGGAAGCUCAGGCGGAGAAGUACUCCCAGAAGGAAGACAAAUAUGAAGAGGAAAUCAAGGUUCUUACUGACAAACUGAAAGAGGCUGAGACCCGAGCCGAGUUUGCAGAGAGGUCGGUAACCAAGCUAGAGAAGAGCAUUGAUGACUUAGAAGAGAAAGUGGCUAAUGCAAAAGAAGAAAACUUCAAUAUGCAUCAGAUGCUGGAUCAAACUCUACUGGAGUUAAACAACAUGUGAUAAGUCUCUUAGCUGGGACCGUGCCAACAUCAGUUUCAUUUCUAGUUCUUUUUUUAAAAAACACCUGCUUGCCAUGAAACCCCUUGAGAUGUGUCCCUAUUUUAUAAUUCCCCCCUCCCCCAUGUUGCCGCAAUCAGUCCUAGGCCUGUUCGCUCUAUCCAGGCAUGGAAUCGGGGAAAAGAUUAAGAAGGGGAACAAGAUACAGGAGUUAUGGGGGGCAUCUGCCAGCUUUGGGGUGCCCUCCUUGGGACUCCUGCUGCCUACACUUUGGAUGGAGUUGAUUAAUGCCAAUUGUCUGCAGGCUCGAAAAAUGGGAAUAUUUUUUUGUUAGGAUUAUCAAGGUAGAUCUCCUUCAGUUUUAAUUGUCAGGGAUGCAGGGUGAAGGGGAGAGGGGAUUUUGAUCAGCUUGUCUUGAAAAAAAAAGGGAGCCACGCCGUCCACCAGCUCCUCUCUGGAUAACUCAGCACUUCGCCCAGCCAGGAACUCUUUUUUUCCUGGAGGGGCCUGAGGCUCAGCAUGAAAAGAAACUUUGAACAUCGACGGCAUUUUGGUCUGCAAAAGGAUCUGUGGCGGCCUCAAAGAUCUAUUGCACGUGGGAGUCACCCUUAGCUUUCACGGAAUAUUUCCUACUGCAAUUUUUGUGUUGUCUGAAUCAAAUACUUUUUUGGUAUCUGCCACCUGUUUGUUCGACACACCUUUCCCUUGUGUUGUUUUGAGCAGUCUUGGGGAAUCAUUUCUGUAUGUAAACAUUGUAUAAUUGACGAUAAUGGAAUAAAACACACACUCUGGAACAUUU